AUGCCAGGGGCAACCUCAAUCAAUGGUCACAAGCGGGCGCUACUCAUCGGCUGUCCCGUUGAUGCGCUCAAGGCGCCGGCCAGAGAUCUGGAGACUAUGAAAGCGAUCCUCGACGAUUACGGGUUUUCCUGCAAGCUGGCGCAAAAUGCCACUAGAGCUCAAAUCAUAAAUCACCUAGAGCGCUUGAUCGCUAACACCAACACGAGCGACGCUAUUGUGGUCUACUUUUCUGGUCAUGGCGGCCUGGUAGAGGAGUCAGGAGAGGUUAAUGCGAGCCCAGCAGUGCAGUUCCUCAUUCCUUAUGACUUUUCAGAAACCACUGAAGAUGAUUUCAGGGGCAUCACAGACGUAGAGCUCUCGCGAUACCUACGUCGACUCACCGAUAAGACCGAGAAUGUCACACUCAUAUUGGACUGCUGCCAUGCGGCCCGAAUGGCCCGACUCAAGGCCACCGUCAAGAGAGUUGACCCGCAGGUCUAUGGUGUAGUGUUCUCGCACGUUCGCAAGAUGAUACAAAAUGGCAUGCUUGACAGAGGCGGCCACCACGAAAGAAAUCCGCGACUACUUACAAUCGCUGCAUCAGCGCGAACUGAGAGUGCCUACGAACAAUCCUUCGGGAGCGAGCAGCGAAGUGUCCUUACCGAAGCACUCGAGCGUGUGCUACGUCGGCGGGGUACAGAUGGCACCCUCCCUAUGAUUUGUUGGCGCAGUGUUAUGCGUCUCGUUCGAGACCGUAUCAAGGCUACCUGCCCCCAACAAUUUCCGCAAAUUGAGGGGGAGGAUACGCGGUUCACAUUUAGUCUUGAGCGAGCAAGUAUCGACGGUGCACUUCCACUAUCGUACGAUCAACAGAAGCGUCUUCUUGUUUUGCAAGGAGGGGAACUUCAUGGAGUCCAAGUCGAAGACACGUAUGCCGUCUUGCCGGCUCGUGAAGAGCGGUUUGACUCAAGCCGCCAGAUCGCCGAGGUCAAUGUCGACCUCGUUGGGCCUUUGAUGUCGCACGUCAGUCUCAAAGAUCUAGGCCAUCUCAAUCGUGUCGAGAGCCAUGCUGGAUCUGGCAUGAGAGCCUUCCCAAGGAAGAAGAUUGGUAGAUUACCGGUGGCAGUUCGGUGCCAAAUAAUCUCGGAGCGAUUGAAUCGCCACAUCGACAGGUCUCCGUUCCUCUGCAGAGCUGGGAACAAUGAGACGUCCCCAUUCGCCACGAUCACGAGUAGACAUUCGCAAAUCGAGCUCUGGAGCCAGGAGUCAGGCGAGGUAUUUCUCUUGGGCUGCUGGUCGGUCGCAGAGAACGAGCAAGUCGACGCUCGGUGCGUCUCCGAGGUUAUUGGCAGAUUGGAGUCCAUGGCACGGUCAAGACAUCUUCUCUCGCUCGCUCGGCAGGUCGAGCCGAACCUCCUGUCACGACAAGUCAGUGUGGAGGUCGGCCGAGUCCGAAAUGGCCAACCGGACACGAGCGGUCAAGAAAGGGGCCUCUCUGUCACAGAGGGGGAGAGGAUAUUUAUCAAGCUUCGCAACACUGGCCGAUCCAUGGUGCUUGUAUCGAUUUUCGAAAUUUGUGCCGGAUCCGUUAUGAUGCUGACUGCGGCAACACCAAAUGGCCGAGAGCUCCUCCCUGAAGAAGAGUACACCUUUGGUGAACUGGACAUGAUAUUUGGAACCCUUCAAGGGUCCGAGGUUGAUUGGCCCGAAAGUGCGCCCAAGGUUCAAGGCUCUAGACUUCUUGAGAACAUUGUUGUUGUGGUAACGCCCAGCCGCCUGGACAUGGAUCUUCGAUGUCUCGAGACAGGCCCUGGUGCGGCCAAGGGUGACAGGGGUACUCAAGAGCUUGAUGAGCCAAGUCUUUCUGAUUUCAUCAGCGAGUUCGGGUCGGAAUCUACCAGCAGAAUCAGGCCCGAAACCCAGACAUUCAUCAAAUUUGGAAUGCGUCUGUUUUCCUUUGAGCUGAACCAAUACUGA